ACAUCGACUGCGUCCCCGAUCCUUCAUCUCCCUGCGACGGCUUCGAAUUGAUUUUACAUGGACGGCAACACUGAUGCCACCACGGCUGGAGAUACUCCAGCUGUGGGGCGUGUGCGGAAACGUGCACCUGAGGCGUGCACAUUCUGUCGCCGACGAAAGAUCAAAUGUAGCACUGAACGCCCAACAUGUGCAAACUGCAAAACCCAUGGCAUGACCUGCAACUAUGAACCUAUCGAUGAUGCUGUUCGUGCGCGGACUGCUCGCCCAAGCAAGGUGGCCAGGAGAGAAAUCACAACUGAACAUGCUGCCACAGCCCCUGAGCCCAGAGCAAAAUCUGUGUCUGACGACCUUCACACUCGCUCAAAUGUGGACUCCGCAAGCCGGGCGAAUAGUGUGUCCCGCAUUGUUGUUUCUUCAAACGGUGUGCCCAGCUAUCAUGGCCGCACGAGUACCUUGUUCGAGGAAAACUAUCAAGACCGCUCAACUCCGGAAGCCAACACCAGGAUGCCCGAAGAAUGGGUCGAGAAAGGACUGAUAGCCGAAGCCGCCUGCCAGCGUCAACUAGAAGACGUCAAUUUGCGUCUCGGGAAACUCGACUUCGAUGGCGUAGAACCAGAGCUCGGCCAGCAUCUGUUGUCACUGCACUGGAAUCGCCAGCACCACUCGUUUCUCAUCACGUAUCGCCCGGCGUUCAUGCGCGACAUGGCAUGCAAAGGUCCCAACUUCUCCAAGCUGCUGCUGAAUGCCAUCUUCUUCAGUGCGUCGAAAUUUAGUCCGCGGCGCGAGCUGCGGCGUGACGCAGACGAUGUGCGGACUGCUGGCUGGAAGUUCCGCGAACGUGUCAGGGGGCUUUUAGGUGGCGCCUUAGACAAGAGCGAUAUCACUACCAUCCAAGCGUUGCUGAUCAUGUGCAACUCGUUGUUCGCCUUAGGAGAUGAGCGUAGCGCGGCGUGGCUGUACGCUGGCCUGGCCUUUCGUAUGAUUGUUGACUUGGGUAUUCAUGUUGAUAAGGCGGGGCUGACUACUCAUCGCAAGUUCUCAGAUGAAGACCUGGAAAUCCGAAGACGUGUUUUCUGGGCCGCAUUUGUGGUGGAUAAGAUUCAGAGUCUGUAUCAAGGCCGACCAGUCACUCUUAAAGAGGCUGACACGUUGGUACCCAUCAAGUUCUUGGACACCUACGAGGAGCUUGAACACUGGACGCCUCAAGCCUAUCUGACCCAAUCGGACGUAACAUAUUCUGGGUCGCCAGCGUAUAGUAUCUCAACCUUCAAACAUCUGUGUAAGUUGUCGCUUGUCUUGAGCGAUAUCCUCAGUACCAUCUACACGGAACGCAGUUCAGACAAGAGCUCAGCCGAGCUAUCCACCAAAUUAGAAAGUAUUCAUGCUACACUGCAAGCUUGGUAUCGAGAUCUGCCGGCUCAUUUGGCUGACCUAGGGCAACUACCGACAACACCGCCACCAAACGUGUUGAGUCUACUCGCCAUGUAUCAUGUGCUUGUAAUCCUUCUGCACCAUCCUUUCGUGGCGGACGGACACCUUUACAGUACUUCUCGCAGUAUUUCGGUAAACUCGUUGAAAUGUUGCGCCACAGCAGCAAACGAUAUCGUGCACCUUCUCAGAGUCUUCGACAAAGCUUUCAGCGUACGAAGAGCCCCGUAUCUCAUAUCGUAUGCUACAUAUGUUGCUGCCACUAUUCACGUUCGCAUUGCAGCGAAGCGCGGUCCGGGAUCAGACGCUCACAGCAGUCUUGCUGCCUGUCUCGCAGUGUUCCGCGAGAACCAAGAGACCAAUCCAGCUGUGCGACGCGCUAAUGCCCUUGUUCAAAAUCUCAUGAAGAGACUCGGCGUACAAAUGCACAGUAUCGAUGAUUGUCAGAUUCAUAAAGACCGCAGCAGCGGUAGCCAGCGCCAAUCUCCGGAGGCAGUCUCGAGCGCAGCAACGGGACGCGGCCCCAGCUUGCAAGGGCUCGAUCUUGACGGGAUCAUUCAGAGCUUCGUACGGGAGCAGGAGAAUGCGCAAAUCACGCAAGUGGGUACGCCGGAACAUUCUACAAUGAAUACGCCGACACUCAUGGCGCCGCCACGACCUACAGCAGUAGCCGGCAGCAUGCUGGAUGCUGCGGGACCCGACGUUAAUUCCCUCAACUAUGACUACAACGGGCAAUGGCUAGCUCAUGGUCAGCACCAGAUGUAUGGAGAUGUCUCAGUGCCUGUUGAUGAUCUCUACUAUGGCUUCAAUAGCGCAGCUCUAGACAGCAUCCCGAUCACGCCUUUCCUCGAGUGGAACACAAUGUAAACGCCGAUUGAAUAUCCUCGGCGAU